AUGCCUAUUAAUGCCGCUCUCCUUUCAUCCCAAAAUGGGAGUCUCACCUUGCCAGUAUCUCAUUUUACAACUACCACCAUCACUACCUUGAAUGGUUCCAGCCAUGCAAACAUCCGUAUCUUCGAUGUCCUCGUUGGUCUAAUGAUGGGUGUGACCAUUGAGCACGGUACUGGUGGAUUCGUCAAAGAUCGGUUUUAUACCGGUUCCCGUCUCCUACAGCCAGUCGCUAACUGGUCUGGCAUUCCUAUAGAUAUGAUCAAUUUCGUGGUAGCGAGUUUUGUCAGCCUUCCACUAGCUCUCAUUAUGCGCUACGGGUUACCUCCAUCGCGUGUACGUCCCCUCUUUCGAGCUAUUGCAGAAAUCCUCCUUGGUGCUGGAGUAGUUAUCUUUUGUUUUGGAAUGCAACUCCGGGUCCUUCUGGUUCAAUCCUGCGUAGCUUACGUAAUCCUCCUUUUCUGUCAACACGAUCGUCUCGUCACGCCUGUCGCUGUAACCACUUGGUCCCUGUUCUACCUUAUGCUGAUUCAUCAGUGUCGUCUCUACUACGACUAUGAGGGCUACACACUGGAUAUAUCUGGCGCUGCAAUGUUGCAGACACAACGACUUUCUAGUCUUGCAUUCAAUCUCUACGACGGUGUACGUAUCGCAAAAUCGUCUGCUUCUAACGGAACCUGCAAGACCUCCAAUAACGGCGACUGUGUGGGCAACAACAAUAACCCCAAAAGAACAAUUGGUGAAGAAGGCGGACCCAAUAUCAUGCCCUCUAGUCGAGAAUGUGCCAUCGCGAAAAUGCCAGGUCCAAUAGAGUUUGUGGCCUACUGCAUGUACUUCCACGGUGUAUGUAUCGGGCCGUUUGUGUUUUUCAAGGACUACCAAAACUACUUACAUGGAUACGAGAAUAAACACUUGCCUCCCAUUCCCUUUCGUCGGCUCUUCUUCCUCAGCCUGCGCUUGACGGCUUAUGGUCUCACCUAUGCGGUGUUGUUCAGCCGCAUUCCUAUCGCUUUUAUCAAUCAUGGAGCUUUUCAGCGGCCGGGUGCCAAUCUUGAAGAAAUCAGUGCUCUUAUUGGUCCUGGAAAUAGCCGCGUUAAAGUCUUCUUCAGACGCAAGUACUCGCAGCCUUGUCUUUUUCGAGCGACACUACCGUCAUUCCUCGUCCACGCGGACGUCUCCCACGAGUUGUGA